AUGUUCUACACCGAGGAGCAACUCGACCAAUACUUCAACCACAUCAACUACCCGCGGGAGCAACAUGCGAAGGAUCCGCUGCAACUUCUCACGGAAAUACAGGCGCAUCAACUCGCGAGGGUUCCUUUCGAGAGUUUAACGCUUCACUACUCGAAACACAGAAUCAUUUCUCUGGAUCUCCAAGACCUCUUCCGCAAAGUUGUCGUCGAGGGUCAUGGAGGAUAUUGCAUGGAGAUGAACGCCUUCCUGGGUGCAGUCCUGAAGAGCAUGGGUUUCACCGUUCUCAGCGUCGGUGGGAGGAUAAAGGGCGACGAACGAUUUGGCGGAUGGUCGCAUAUGCUCAACCUCAUCACUAUUGACGGCCAGCGAUACAUGGUAGACGUUGGCUUCGGUAAGGGAGCAGCCAUGAUUCCGGUGCCCUUGAAGAAAGACGGUGGUCACGAAUUCACCACCAUUGCGCCUCUGAGAGGCAAGUUGGUCUAUGAGAAGCUGGAUCAGCACACCGACCCCGAUCAGCGCAUGUGGGUGUACUAUUCCACAGACAGUGCCGACGGCCCGCUCAAGCAGCGCAACUGCUUCACCGAGUUGGAGUUCUUCCCCGAGGACUUUGAGGUGAUGAAUCUCUCCACCAUGAGCAAGCCGACGAGCUACUUUGUCAAGACCGUUCUGGCUAUGAGAACGAUUCUCGACCCCGAGACCAGGAAAGCUAUCGGAACUAUUGUGUUGCACAAGGACGAGGUGAAGCGGAAGAUCGGUGACCAACUUGAGCUUCUUGAGACUCUCAAGACCGAGGCAGAGAGAGUGGCGGCUUUAGAAAAGUACUUCUACAUCAAGCUGAGGCCUGAAGAGCAGAAGGCCAUCAAGGGACUACCAACAGAGCUGCUGGGAAAUUGA